AUGUCACCCGUUUCUUCCACCGAUGGAAGCGAAUGGUCCGGAGUCGACCGCUACCAGUCGAUGGGCGGCAAGUCCGAUACACCACAGUCUCCCGCUCUCCCGCACGGCCGAAGCGCCCUAGCCUCUCCCCCAAUAUCUGCCUCAGGUGGCCCGCCUUACAGUCCGUUGCAAAUGCAUGCCCCGGACGCUCCUGACCCUGCUCCCAAUGGCAGUAGAAGCAGCACCAAUGGCCUUGCUCCGCGUCGCCCUUCAGACAUGUCCCAGAACCCUUCACCUCCCAGUUCGGUCACGUCCAGGUCGAGAGCGAGCGAUGGAACCCUUUCCGAUCAGAGAAGCAAGAGGUACAAGAUGAUGGAGGACCUGCUGCUGAAGCACUAUACCGUACUGAAACGAUACUUGCAUGGACAAGGACGGGAGGAUCCUACGGCAUUACACCCCAACAAGGCACGCGACAAGCUCCUCAGACUCUCACCGAGUCAGGUUAUGGAUCUAAGUACAGAUGUGUAUGACGAGCUACUCCGUCGCCAGGCAGUCUCGCCCAAUCGACCCGGCGGGCCCCGACCAGAUGUACCCCCUUACCUCCCCCCGCGCCAGGAAUUCCACGAAAAGCGUAACCAAGCCCGCCAGGUCCUCUCCUCGCUCCAACAACCCAGAUUCAGAAACUUGGCUACAGACGUGCUGUGUGAACUGGAACGGCGCUUCCCGCAUUUUGCCGGCAUGGAUCGGAGUCGCAGAGUCAGUCCCGCACCCAGCGUGCGCGGCGGUUACGGCUCGGGACUCACUAGCAACGGCUACGAUCCUCGCCCGGCUUCCAAUGGAUCAUUCGGCUAUGGGCCAAAUGGCUACCCUGCCCCCCCACGAACUCAAUCCAGAGGUCCCAUGCCACAGGUCACCGGUCCUGGCCCCGGGCCUGGUGGAAGAGGCUUGCCACCAAAUCCCCACCAGGGGAGCCGAUUCCCUCCCCGGCAAGGCUCGUUGAGUCACUCUUCCGGUGCCGGCGGCGGUGCACCUGGUGCUGCAGGCUUAGGGAUCAAUGAGGAGACUAUUCCUGAAAACGCGCCGUUUCCGAAAUCAUUCCAGAGUAACACUAUAGUGCCGAAUAAGAGCACUAUGGUGGAGGAAGAGGAGGAAGAGGAGGAUGGUGAUGUUGAUGUUGAUGUUGAUGUUGAUGUUGAUGUUGAUGAAGAGGAGGAUGCGGCAAGUAGGUAUGACGAUGAUAAUGGUCCUGAUCGGCGGAGUGAUGCGUUUGCCUUGGAUAAGGUGUUGCAGAGUCGGAGGACGACUACGACGACGGAUAGUGUGGGUGUGGGUGUGGGUGUGGGUGGAGGUGGAGGUGGGGGCUCGGAAAGCGAUAAGCAGAAAUUGGCAGAGGUGCAGGGGCAGGUGUCUCAGUUGAAGAAACAGAUAGAAGAGUUGGAGAAAUCGAAGGAUGCAGAGCUUGAGACGCUGAAGGCGGAAAUGGCUAAUAAUUCUAAUGCUUGGGAUUCGGAGAGACGAGAGUGGGAAAGUAUGAGGGAAGACUGGGAUCGUGCAAAAGAAGAAUGGGAUAAGAUGAAACUAGAUUUGGAAGUGAAGCUUUCGGAGGCGGAGGAUCUCAAUGCUUCCCUGCAGGAUCAGUUGGAGGGCGAGCGGAGAGAGUAUGAAGCCUCAGAACAGGUUCUACAGCAGCAAAUACAACAGGCUUUGGCUGCCGCUGCCGCGGCUACUGAGAAGGCAGGCGCAGGCACAGGCACAGACACAGACAUAGACACAGAUGGCGGAGUAUGGAAAUCACGGGCUGAAGAUAUUGAACGGGAGAACCAGGAGCUUAGAGAAGAGCUUCGAAAACAACGAGAAGUGACCGAGCAGGUCCGAAAAGAGGCUUCCAACUUCCUCCAGGAGAUGCGCGCCCUUUCUGAACGGACUCAGGAGCAAUGGGAACGUGAAGAACGCCUCACGCACGACUUUCAACGAAUGGAGGAAGAGGUCAAGAUCUGGAAGAAUCGGUAUGCAAAGACGAAAUCGCAGUUACGACAUCUACGAUCUUCGUCGAGUGGCUUGCCUGGUGGCAUACAAGAUGCCACUACGAUAGCAAAGGACAACGAUCUAAGCCAUCCAAAUGGAUUGGUCAAGGAUGUGCACUUUACGAAAUUCCAGAUGUCGAUUGACGAACUACUUCGCACGGCACGGAUCUCGGAACCAGCACAGGUUCUCGAACAGAUGAAGGCCGUCGUCUUCGCCGUUCGUUACAUCACCCGGGACAUCGAAAAUGCACAAGGGAGCGGGGCGGAUGAACACACGCAGUCGCGCAGCAGAGCAAAAGCCCGCGUCUCCGCCACUGCCAACAACCUCAUCACAGCCUCGAAGAACUUUGCAAACUCCAACGGGAUGUCGCCCGUCUCCCUACUCGACGCCGCCGCCUCGCAUCUCACCGCUGCCAUCAUCGAGCUCGUCCGCACCGUCAAAGUCCGACCCACACCUGCAGACGAACUUGGUGAAGACGAUUACGAUGAUGAUAACUUGGGAUCCAUGCAGUCGCCAGCGUACUUCAGCGUCCCGCCCAGUCUGAGCCGGAUGAGCGGGAAUGACUCCGUCUACAGCGCCAUCAGCUCGCCGCAUUCGACACGCUCACCUGGCCGGACGAGUUCACGUCUACCGCCGUCUCACCGCAAGACGUAUUCCAGCGGGCAGCUACUUGCAGGCGGGGGUCUGAGGCCUGGCCUUGGGAUUAGUGAGUUAGAUGGGGAGUUGGAGGAGCUUAGGUUAUACCUCGAAGACCAAACCGAAGGCGUCGUCCAGUCCAUCCAAGCCCUCGUCUCCUCCAUCCGCGCCGAGCCAGACGACAUGUCCGCCAUCCGAACGCAUAUUGACGCCAUCUCCGCCGUCGUCAGCAAAGUCAUCGACGCCACGGAAUCUGCCAUAACGCGCCAAGAACAACAGCAACAGCAGCACCAAGACCAUCACCAGAGCAACAAUAAUAAUGAUAACCAUAGUAAUACUGACCUUAAUGUUAAUAAUAAUACCAUCCUCCGCGACCGCGCCGGGCCCAUCAUCCGCAUCCUCUCCGAGUGCCGCGAUAGGCUCGCCGAGGCUGGCGCAGAGGGUAACCAGGCCCUGAGUGUUAGUGAGAUGCGGGAGGUUACGGGGAAGUUGCCGCCCAUUGCGUUUCAGAUUGCGCGGGAGACAAAGGAGUUGGUGCAGCGGCUUGAUCAGAUGGAGAUGGUGGGGAGUGGGAAUCAUGGUGGAGGAGGGGGUGGAGAAGGAAUGGGGGGAGGUCCGAUCGGGGGGUGGAGGGGUGCAGAGGAUCAUGACGAUGAUGAUGAUGAUGAUGAUGAUGAUGAUUUCCGAUGAUGAUUUGAGGGAAAAGAAAAAUAUCAAAACCUUCAAAAACCUUCAUCGAAAGGUGUGGGAAAAGGAAAAGGAAUAAAAUGCCUUUUUUUUUUUUUUUUUCCCUUGUUCUUUUCUUUUUCUUCAUACGCGAAGCCUCCCCUUCUCCCGGACGUCUGCAUAUUCCCCUUCCCUGGGCUUUCGUUUUAAUGGACUAGACUGCAUCAUGUACUGUACCUCUGCGUGAUGAUACGGGUUGUUCUUUUUUUUUUUUUUUUUUUUUUUUUUUUUUUUUUUUUUUAAAUUCUCCCUCCUUCAGCAGCGCAUACGAGAGGAAGAAGGGGAAGGGGGUGUUAUAUACCUCCCUAUCUCUACAUCGUUUCUUCAGCAACUUGUUUUUGUUCGAUAACAUUUUUGUAUUUUUCAUCCUACUACUUCUUCUCCUCUCCAGUCUCGACCGACCGACCGACCGACCGACCAACUCCUUUCUAACCUUUUUGGUCCGAUAUUAGUUCCAUGCCCCCCCCCCUUUAGCAACAUAACUGUCGAUUCAAAUCAUAUUAUUUCUUCUCUUGAGUAUUCAUUUCAUUCACCUUUGCAAGAUCAUUCAUAUAUACUUGGCCCGGCUUGGAGCUGUUUUAUUUUAUUUUAUUUUACUUUUACUUUUAUAUAUAUAUAUAUUAUUGGAAUUCCGUUCUUGCUGCAUAUGAGCGUCCGGGUAUUUAUUUUUGCUUUAUUAAUUUUUUAUGUAUGUAUGUAUGUAUGUGUGUGUGUGUGUGUAUUCCAAAAAAAAAAAAAAAAAAAAAAAAAAAGUCUCACAACAACACAUGAAGAGAUGGGUUAGUUGAAAAGAAAUAUAUUAUGUCUAUUCUCUCCUUUUUUGAGACAAGGUGUUUUUUUUGGCUUCAUAUUUAUUGCAUGCUGUCUUGUCUGUCUGGAGGCUGUGUGUGACGUUGCCUGGUUUCGUAUUAUUCUCCAACCCCGAAAAAGAGAAAUCGUAACCAGUUCGUACGGGAUGGAUUGAUUACCUGCAAGCUUCUUCUUAAAAGUUAUUUUACCGUUUAAGUUACUCCGUAGUUACAAUCUCCCUCCGAACGAAACGACUUCGGACUAGUUAGAACUUAACUAGCUACGGCAGCCCGAAAUCGCCUCUUGUGCAACUCUGGUCUUUUUUUU